AUGCAGGUCACUUCGAGACCUCAAAAGGGAAUCAGAAUGGAAAGAGACUCGAUGGAACUCGUCGAUCAGUUCUGUUACCUGGGCUCUACGCUGACGAACAACGUCAGCCACGAGAAAGAUACUCAGCAAAAAUGGGCUGUGGCACUUUUGCAUUUAGCUCAACGAAAUGCCUGUGGUCGAUCCCCAUCACCAAGGAAGUUCAGCUGCGAGCCUACUUAUCCGUAUCACAGUAUACGGAUCGGAAUCUUGGACAACACCAUCUACGGUUAUAGAGAGGCUUGA